AUGUUGAAGAGAAAGAACGAAGAGUCUGAGGAGUCCAAAGAAUCCACCCAUUAUGUGAAGAGGGUCGCAUUAGAUGCCGAAGCUGUUGAACAAAAGGAUAUCCAGCAAGACAAGCAAAAAACUUCAGUUUCUCUAUCGACCCCUGAACAACCCGAUGAAAGUACUAAAAGGGAGGAUACCACGGGUGCUGGUUCGUCACAUGCCGGGGAUUAUGGAUUGUCUAAUGCAAACUCAGAAGAAUACGAACACGCUUCUUCUCAAACAUUCACAAGACCUAGCUCCAUUCCAUCAAAGGAAGAUUUUGCACCAUCGAAAUCAACAGAAAUUAACACAAAUAAUGGACCUAUCUCCUCUCAUAAGGUUCAAAAUGAUGAUCCUACAUAUGUUCAUUUCCGAAUGUUAGCUUCUAUUUCAGAUACUGCCAACAUUGUUGGAAAAGGCGGUGAUUCAAUUUCUAAAAUCAAAGAACAAUCUAAUGCAAGAGUCAAUGUUAGUGAAAACUUGAAAGGUGUUCCCGAACGUAUCAUUAGCGUCCGUGGAUCCGCAGAAUAUGUUGCAAAAGCUUUUGGUCUAAUCAUCAGAACAAUUAAUGGAGAACCUUUUGAUCAAUCCUCAAGUAUAGAGUCCAAGUCUUACAAUUUACGCCUACUAUUCCCACACUCGAUAAUGGGUUACAUUAUUGGUAAAAAAGGCUCAAGAUUUAGAGAAAUCGAGGAAAAUUCAGCUGCAAGCCUCAAGGCCAAUGAUCAGAUGCUACCUGCUUCCACUGAUAGAAUUCUAAAUAUUACCGGUGUAGCCGAUGCGAUUCAUAUUGCUACAUAUUAUGUGGCACAAACCGUUAUUGAGCACAAACAGCAAAUACAAAAGGCAAUUUACUACAAUCCUGCCAACUUUAAUCAGCCCCUAUUGCCUGUAUUAUCAAAUAACUCUAAUGCAAACUCAUCUCAUGGCAACCGACAAUUCAAUAAUUUUAGUGGUGCAGCAAACAUGAUCCAAAUGCCAAACCCAAUGAUGCCAGGAAUGAUGCCACAACAAAUGGGUUACAAUGGUAUGCUUCAAUCUGGAAUCCAAUCAAAUAUGGCAAUGAUGGGUCUGAAUCAGAAUAGUCUAUCUGCUGCUACAAAUUCUAGAGUAGGAGAAAUUUCAACUGGAUCUGAUGGCAAGGUAAACCAAGAGUUGUACGUUUCACAACAACAUAUUGGUUUAGUUAUUGGCCGUGGUGGUAAAAACUUGAAAGAUAUAAGACAAAAUACAGGCUGUUAUGUCAAAGUUAAUGACGAAAUUCCUGGUGCAAGUGAGAGGAAGUUAACUUUAAUGGGUGACGUGUACUCAAUUCAAAAUGCAAUACUUAUGAUUAAUAACAAAAUUGAGAACGAAAAGAUCAGAAAACAAAGAGAUGCUAAUAAUCAAUAG